GGGAUGGCUCCCUCCAAGGUCAGCUUGGGGUGGAUCUAAUGAAGAAAACAAAGGACAGGAAGUAGUAGACCAGGUCUGGAAUUUUGGAGCAUCUUUCAAGUUGUUGGGGGUUCUCCCACUCCUCCCUGUUCCUGGGUUCAUUCACUCUUUCUUCCUGCACUGCAGCUCUAGGACCAUGCACCAGGUGUGUGGGGCCCUCAAUGUCACCGUGUCCCCAGGGCCUGUGGUCGACUACCUGGAGGGGGAAAAUGCCACGCUUCUCUGCCAUGUCUCCCAGAAGAGACGGAAGGACAGUUUGCUGGCCGUGCGCUGGUUCUUCGCACGGCCCAACUCGCAGGAGGCCUUGAUGGUUAAGAUGACCAAGCUCCGGGUGGUGCAGUACUAUGGCAACUACAGCCGCAGCGCCUUCAGGCAGAGGCUGUGCCUCCUCGAGGAGAGGCGUGGGGCGCUCUACACGCUCUCUGUUUUGACCCUCCGGCCGGCAGAUCAAGGGCAUUACGUCUGCAAAGUCCAGGAGAUCAGCAAGCACAGGAAUAAGUGGACCGCCUGGUCCAAUGGCUCCUCAGCGACGGAAAUGAGAGUGAUUUCCCUCAAAGCUUCUGAAGAUGCGUCCUUUGAGAAAAAGAAGGAGACCUGGGCAUUUUUUGAAGAUCUCUACAUCUAUGCUGUGCUCGUGUGCUGUGUGGGAAUCCUCAGUGUCCUCCUCUUCACCCUGACCAUCGUCUGGCAGUCCGUGUUUAGCAAGAGGAAAGCCAGAGCGAGACAUUAUUUGGUGAAAUGUCCUCAGAACAGCUCAGGGGAGACUGUUACCAGUGUGACCAGCUUGGCCCCACUGCAACCCAAGAAGGGCAAGAGGCGGAAGGAGAAGGCCGACGUCCCUCCUGCUGUGCCUGCCAAAGCUCCCAUAGCUGCCACAUUCCAUAAACCGAAGCUGCUGAAACCACAAAGGAAAGUCACCCUGGCACCAAGAAAGAAUGCAAAGGCAAACCACAGGUUGGAAGAACGUGACGGCAUGCAUGCAUCCAGCGGAGGAUUCUUACCCAGAAUGUCUGAACACCCACAAAUCAGUAGGAAAUAAAACGACAACUCCACCAAAAAAAAAAAAAGAAAAAAAGAAGAAUAAGAAGCAGAAGUCUUCAACGUGCACUUCACAAAAGGAGACACACCAAUAGUGAGCACAUGAAAAGUUAUUAAACCUCAUUGGCGUCAUGGCAAUGCGUGUUAAAAAGUGUAAAGUUAACAUCUAGGAGGAUGGCUAAAAUGAAACACUUUUUUUUUUUUUUUGCCUGUUUUUCUCUGACCCAUUGGGAAUUUGGGAAUGUAUCCAGUUUUAUCUGUUUGUCAGAUUCCUUUUUAUUUUACUUUAUGUCAUAUUUCAAUAAUCAUUCCUUGCCAAUUUUGUUACACUUCAUCCCUACAUUCUAAACAGUUAUUCGAACUAAGCAUUUACUAGUUUUGUUAUUUUUCUUUCUUGAAUCUAAUGUCUUCCUCCCUAAUAUCCUUAUUUGCCUUUACAUUUGAGCAGUUUGGGAAUAAAAUUCUAGUUUUGAGAAAUAUGCGGAGCACUUCCUGUGCAUUUCUAUUUACUUCCCGUAUUGCUCAAUGUAAAUGCCAAGUUCCAUACUGCGGCCUAUAAUGUCCUUUAUCAUACAAGCCACAUAUGUCAUUCACAUUUUUUAGUAGCCACAUUAAAGAAGUAAAAAGAGACAGGUGAAACCAAUUUUAAUAAUAUGGUUUAUUUAACCCAAUAUGGCAAAAAGAUUAUCGUUUAAACAUAUAAUCUAUGCAGAAAUUAUUAAUGAAAUAUUUUAUAUGCUUUUGUUCUCCGAAGCCUUCAAAAUCUACCAUAUAUUUUACACCUAACGCGCAGCUCAUUUCAGAGCCACAUUUUCAGUGCUGAAGAGCCGCAUUUGACUAGUGGCUAGCAUAUUGGAGAGCUCAGCCGUAUAAGAUCUAGCUCCCCUUACCUCUUUGACAUCAUUUUUGCCAUCGUCUCCCUUCUUUGUUUCCCCUCUGGCCACCCUGGCCUCCUUGCUAGUCCUUAAACAUACCAAGCAUGUUCUGGAAGGGCCUUUGCACCAUUUCACUCUGCCUGGAACAUUCUCCCCAGGAUAUGCUUUGUGGCUUGUCACUCCCUGUAAGGUCUGUAUGCAGAUGUCACCUUGAUGGAGAAACCUUCCUGAAAUCCUAUGUAAAACAUUGCUCACCCUCUGAUGGCACUCCUUAUGACAGGUACCCCGACGUACUUUAUAUUUAUCUAUUAAUUGCCUCUCCCUUCUACCAGAAUGCACAGCCCAUCAAGGCAGGAAGCUUGUCUGCUCUGGUCCCUGCGAUGUCCCCCGUGCCCAGAGCAGGGCCCAGCAUGAUGGAGAUUUGUUAAUGACGCUGCAUACCUGUUCCAUGGAGUGGGUGCUGUCAUUCUGCUUUUACAGAUGGGCACAGCGAGAUGCUGAGUCAGUGCGGUGCAGAAUGGAACCCAAGGUCGUGCAGACUUGGAUCUGCUCCUUCUGAAUCCAGAACAUAAGGUUUUAACCAGCUCAUUUGGGUUCUUGCCUCCGGGUGGAGCCUGGGUCUGGUGGCUCUCCCGGCGUGGGUUGGACAUACCGUCCUAGCUCAGCCUCGCCCCCGCCCUUGCUGCUUUGCAUCCAUGUUUCCUGCUGUUCUGCCAGAGAGGCUAGUCCACCUGUUUUCCAAAGAGAGCCUUCUUUUGCCUGCAGUGAAUUGUGGGUUCCAAUGGACUUUCCAUUUCGUGUGAUUGCAUCUGGUUCAGAUCAUCAAAAAUUCCUCACCAGUUCUGCUCUAUUGACUACCCCUGUCUUGUCCUCAGAUGCAGCUAUAGAGUGUUUGCUGAUUUUAAUAGCUCUCUGGUCAUUCGGUGGGCUUUUAGAAACUCGGUGGGGCACAAAGGCUAAAUCUAUCAACUUUUCUCACUUCUUCAACUGUGCAUAUCACUGCACAUGUGUGUGAGUGUCUGUGUAUCUUUUUCAGAUCUUUUCUCUUUGUUCUGAUAUUUAUCAACAACCUCAAAAAGGAUAUGCCUUGUAAAUUUUCGCACCCUACCUUCUCUCUGAGUUGCUCAAGAACUGUUGCUUCUAAUCCAAAAUUUUAGCCCUGGUGAUAAAAGAAACAGCUAUUUACUGAUGCUCCAUGGAUAUACGCCAGAGAGAGAGCCAAAAAAGUGCUUUUUGCAUGUCAUCAUGGUUAAUUCUCACAAUCAGUUCCCCCUCGAUCUCCAAUUCUGCAUGGAAGGACACACACCCUGGUUAAGAGAAAUGAGGUCCUACAACUCACGGGAGUAGUGAUCCACUUCCCCUGAAGACGGUGCUGCCGCUCCAGAGGACAGCCCCUUCUCAGUGCCGCCGGUCAUAAAGGGACAACUUCCUCUAGUCCACAGCCUGGGGUGGGAGGCAUCUCUGAUUUAUCCAUUAAACAAAAAUCAGUCGUACACUUUCUGGGGACAGAAUGCUUCAUUAAGCACUUUGGGGCCACCUGUAAACAGAUGGGAGUCAGCAGCGUUUUCAGAAAUAACCCCGGUUGUAAUCACAAGUUUUAGUUGCUGAGUUUUGCUUGUGUGUUCGUUCAAGCUGGUGAGCUCCUCUCGCAGAUGCAACACAGGACAUUCUUCAUCUUCACAGAAAGUAACUUGGGGCAGUUACAUGCAUUUAGGAGGGGAUCUUUGUUUGAUGGAAGUAUCUCCAAUAAGAGCUGCUAGGUACCGAAUUAUCUGUGGAUUGUUUAUGAAAUGAAAAGACCUAAACUUUUCCAUACCAAAAUUUUCCAGAAAUGAGACCAUUUGGAAACCAGUUUAUACCCAUAACAAUAGGCAAUAAAGAAAAGAGCUGACUUUGAAUGGGACUCUGACCAGCAGUUUAGAGUCAAAAAUACCAGGCCUCGCGUCUGCAGGUUUUAGUUAAUAUUAAGAUUUAUUUUCCCGGGAGGGCAACAUUGACCUUAGUCUCAAUUGGGUCGAUAUUUAGCUCUCGGAUCAAUAAGGCUUGAUGGGAGCUGAAACUAGAGUCGAUACAUACUUGUUGACUCACAGAGGCCUUGGUGGGUGUUUUAGGAAGGAAUUUGGAGACAUCUCUUCUUCGGGGCCUGGUACCAGUUGAGAUGUUUAUUUUUGUCGCUGUUCCAUUUUGCCACCAUCUGCAUAAAAUGGUGCUUCCUGGAGUGGUCAGUGGGCUGCAGAGCCCCCCAGCUCUCUUUCCAGAGGGACGUUAGCACAUGCUCACCCCGAGAAGCCAAGCUGCCUGCCGCCUCCAGCUACUCCUUGACAAGAAGGGAGAAUCUGUGUUUUCUGAGUCCCAACUGUGUGCCAGCUUCUUUUCUAGGGCUCGCUGUCCCUGUCUCACUCAUCUGAAGUGCACAUGCUUGCUCCUGGUGGGCCCUCUGGACGCCGGCAGGGCAAGAGGACAGACACGUUUCCUUGUGAUUUCACCCUCAAAGCAUAAACGUGGGAAUCCUUUUGUAUGUUUCCGAGACAGCGUGGCAUGUCGCGGGCAGUAUGGAUGCCAGGGCCUGAGAGUGGUUGGACAGUUUAAAAGAUAGGAUUCAAGAGGAAAAAAAGAGGUGAGAAAGGCAUUUUAAGCAUUUUAUAAUCAAGAUACAGACACUGACCCUCCUCUUUUUUAACAAAACAAACACAGCAACCCGCUUUCAUGGUGACCUCGUCGCUCUCACAGUGACCUCGUCGGAGAGUGAGGCGUGCGCGAUCACGCAGGGUCUCUCUGACUGACGAUGUGACCGGUUUGUCUAAUAACCCUCGACACUGACAGUGAGGCGUUGCUCCUACAUCAGACGUUCCUCCUUCUUUUAGGGACAAUGGAGUACUCUCACAGCCCUCGAAAUAUGUAGUUUUCCUUUCAGCUGGGGGAGAGGGAUUGGCCCUGGCUCAAGACCCCCUGAAGCCUUCGGGGGACCCCCACUGCCUCCCUCGGGUUAAGCAGCCCCGCAGCAGAGCCCCGCCAGUACUCACGGAGCGAACGCAGAUACUUCCAGGAAAACCAUCCUGGUUUCCUGGUUUCCGAAGAAACAGACAAAGCCACAAGUGCCUUUGACUGAUCUUUAUUGCACCGGGUCAGGUCAUUGAUCGGGAGGCCAAGAGGAGGAAGAGGACACCGUUUCUGUGAUGUGGAGGCAAGAGCCCAGGGCUUCAAGAAUAGCCCCAGGGAGGGUGAGUUUGAGAGGGGGGUAGUCAGCACUCCGACAUGGACCAAAAGAGAAGAGAACGCACUCCUUUGGGCUCAGUGGACUUUCGCACACUCCUACCUCCGAGUCCACGCCCUCCUCGCUGAGGACGGCUCAGGGCCUCACCCCUGCACCUCUAACGAAGGCACUUGGAUGUAGUGCUCAGGAGCUGGAAGGCUCGGGCCACCUCUCUUCUCUGAGGAGAAAAUGAUCUCCCGUGGGCGACAGACUGAAGACACAGAGAACGCAGGCACCUCACGGCUUCGUUAUCGGAAGUCUUCCUGCAGGUCUCUGGUAUCCUGUCUGUCCGCUCGGAUCCAUCCUCCACAUUGCUGCCUAGAGAUUGUUCUCCAACACAGCUCCAACCACAGCUCCUCAUUUUCCUGUUUAAAAUACUCUCCGGGCUCCCCCUCGCUUCCAGCAUGAAGCACGGCUUCCUGGGAGCCGCACACGUGCGGGCUGCCUCCCGCUGGCCCCAGUGCCCCGGUGGCCCCACCGGCUCUGUCCUGCCCCUGCUGCCCCACCUCAUCCUGCCGCAGAGCUGCCACUCACCUUGUGGCUCGCUCACGACCUUUCGGAGCCCUUCUGCCCCUUGAGCCCCACUUACCCACUAGUUUGGUAAUCUGGUUCUCCAGGCACCAGUUAUGCCCCUGCGUGUCAGUGAGCUCCCCGUCACCCACCUCAUGGCACUUUUCGGUGAAACUGUUAUUUCUGAUCCUUUGAGGCAUCGGCGUCCUUGUUCCUGGAGGUAAAUGUGGGUCGUGGGCCACACCCCAGCUGACUGCUCUGCUUCCCAGCUGUGGCCCUUCCCCAGGUGGUUCGGCUGCUUCUCCCUCUCCACCUCUCUGGGAUGUUGGCUGUGUCUGGGGUGCCCUUCUUCUUGAGCGGAUUGCCUGGGGGAGGCAACACCGGCACAGGGGCCGCAGCCAUGUGGCAGCCCGUCCGUUCCCUCACUUGGGUCUUUAAGGCAGUUCCAGACUGGUUCUUCUGGCUGUUUAUGGUACCUUCCCUUGGAGGCUCCACCUGCCCCCCUCAUUCAGCACAGCGCACACGGGGCUCAUUACCUGCUCCUCCUGGGAUACCCCUGCCUCUGGGAAUGGCUGUCCCGUCCAGAAUCUAGGUGCCUUCGGCCUCCCCCCAGCAUGUGCGGUGGUGACUGUUACUUCUCAGUAUGCCCAGGCUUGUCGCUGCCCCCCUACUCAUUGCCACGACUGGCUCACAUGCCCACCGCCUCCCCAUCCGUCUGACCUCAGGGCCUCUCCGUGGGGUCCCCACAGCACCUGCCCCGUGUUUUAGCACUGCCCACACCACACUGAAGUCACGUUUAGCUGCCCGAUUUGACGUUCUCCUCCACCGGCACCAUACGGUUCCUUUUUACGGAGCAACUUCUACGUUUCCUGGACAACAAAGGCUCUACAUUGUAGACACCUUAGACGGUGGAGACCGGAGGGGCUGUUUUUUUGAAAAUUGUGCUCAAAUGCCAUGACAUCAAAUUCACCAUCUUAGCCAUUUUUACAGUUGAGUAGUGUUAAGUACAUUCACGUUGCUGUGCAAACAAGCUCCAAAACCCUUUUCAUCUUGCAAAGCUCUGUACUCGCUAAAUAAAACACUCCCCCCUCUCCUUGUCCCUGAAACCCACCCUCUACUCUCUGUCUUUAUGAGCUUGACGACUCUCGGUACCUCAUGCAAGUGGAAUCACAUAGUAUUUCUCUUUUUGUGACUGGCUGAUUUCACUUAGCAUAACAUUGUCAAGGACCAUCCAUGUUGUAACAUGUGUCAGAAUUUCUUUCUUUCUUUUUUUUUUGUAAGGAUGAAUAAUAUUUCCUUGAAUAUAUAUACCACACUUGGCUUAUCCAUUCAUCUGUCCAUAGACACUUGCGUGGCUUCCACAUGUUAGCUCUUAUAAAUAAUGUUGUUGUGAACAUGGAUGUACAAAUAUGUUUUCGAGUUCUUGAUUUCAGUU